AUGGCGCCUUUACUGCAGGCCUUCGUUGGUGGCUUGGCCUUGGCUGGCUCCGUCGCUGGUACUAUUGUCGGACGCGAAGUUGAUUCUCUCGUCGCUUCUCAGAUCCUGACUGACCCCUAUGCCUAUGAUUUCCCUCGCCUGGGUGCCGCUGGAUCCUCCCUGUUUCCCAUGCGUCACUGCCAUGGGUUCCAGCUUGAGGAGGCCAGCGUUGAUGAUCUCCAGAAGCGAUUGACCAAUGGCACUUUCACUAGUGUUCAGUUGCUGGAGUGCUACCUCAACCGUAUUGCUCAGACUCAACCUUACCUGAAUGCUAUCCUGCAACACAACCCUGAUGCUUACACCAUUGCUCAGAAGCUGGAUGAUGAGCGUGCCAAGGGCAAGGUCCGUGGUCCUCUUCACGGUAUCCCUUUCAUCGUCAAGGACAACAUUGCCUCCAAGGAUCGCAUGGAGACCACUGCUGGUUGCUGGGCUUUGCUCGGUAGCGUUGUGCCCCGCGACUCCCACGUUGUUCACGGUAUGCGCAAGGCUGGUGCCCUUCUGCUGGGUAAGGGCGCCCUGAGCGAGUGGGCUGAUAUGCGUUCAAACAACUACUCCGAGGGUUUCAGUGCCCGUGGUGGCCAGUGCCGCAGUGCCUACAACUUCACCGUUAACCCCGGUGGCUCCAGCACCGGUCCUGGUGUUGCUGUCGGUGCCAACCUGAUCCCCAUUGCUCUGGGUACCGAGACUGAUGGCAGUGUUAUCAACCCUGCCCAGCGCAAUGCCAUCGUCGGUAUCAAGCCCACCGUCGGCCUGACCUCCCGUGAUGGUGUUAUCCCCGAGUCCCUGCACCAGGAUACCGUUGGUACCUUCGGUAAGACCGUCCGGGAUGCCGUCUACACCCUUGAUGCUAUCUACGGCGUUGACACCCGUGAUAACUACACCCUUGCUCAGGAGGGCAAGACCCCCAAGGGCGGAUACACCCAGUUCCUGGCUAAGAAGGACGCCCUCAAGGGUGCUGUCUUCGGUUUGCCCUGGAAGUCCUUCUGGGCUCUGAACGACGAUGUCCAGAAUGCUCAGCUCCUCGAGCUCAUCGAGUUGAUCAAGUCUGCCGGUGCCACCAUCAUCAACGGUACUGAGCUCCCCCACUACAAGACCAUCGUUUCUCCCGAUGGCUGGAACUGGGAUUACGGUACCACUCGUGGAUUCCCCAACGAGUCCGAGUACUCCUACGUCAAGGUUGACUUCUACAACAACCUGAAGACUUACCUCGCCGAACUCAACAACACCGACAUCCGAUCCGUUGAGGACCUGGUCCAGAACAACAUCGACAACUACGGCUCUGAGGGUGGCUACCCCGGAAUUCACCCUGCCUUCGGUUCCGGCCAGGAUGGUCUCAUCGCCUCUCUGGAGAGCAAGGGUAUCAUGAACGCCACUUACUGGGAGGCUCUCGGCUUCUGCCAGCGCACCACCCGUGAGGAGGGUAUCGACGCCGCCCUGAAGUGGAAGAACGGUACCCUGGAUGGUCUUCUCGUGCCCCCUGAUGUCGCCCAGAGCAUUCAGAUCGCUGCCCAGGCUGGUUACCCCGUCAUCACCGUGCCCGCUGGUACCGAGGAGGUGUCUGGUAUGCCUUACGGACUUGCCAUCAUGAACACCGCCUUCUCCGAGCCCACCUUGAUCAAGUACGCCAGUGCUAUCGAGGAUCUCCAGAAGACCUCUGGCACCAAGUGGCAGCGCACCCUUCCUGAGUGGCGCGGCUACCUGCAGCGCAACCUUCCCGUGAUCAUGUAA